AUGGAAACGGAAACAAAUUCACUAAUUCUAAGAAAAAUAAAAUAUGAUCAAUGUGACAUUGGCCCAUAUAAAGUGGUAAUCCAAAAUAACAAAAAAAAUCUGGGUAACCUGCAUCCUGUGGAACUAGAUCUUGGUCCAGACUUAAGCGACACUGAUAGCAUAGAACCUUUUGAGGGAUCUAGUGAUGAGUAUAGACCUGAUGACUCAUUUAGUGAAUCAAUAAACUCUAAUAAUUUGGAAUCUGAAGAGCUAGAAAGGACAAAUGAAGUAAGUGAAGAUUUAUUUAUUGUUCCUGAAAGUUUGCCUGACAUUGAAAAAGAUGUUCAUCGCUUAGACGAAACAGCAGAGAUAAACCAUCAACCUAUACCUCCGAACAUAAGGAAAAAGAAAUAUUUUUCACCUAAAAUUAAAACUUCCAAAAAGAGAAAACGAAAACCGGAGCAAUGGGUAAAGCGUAAAGCUGCCCUAUCAAGAGAAAAGGGACAAAGUUACAAAUCCUACAAAGGUGAAGAUAUUGCUGCAAAAUCGGUUGCCAUGGGUAAUUUGUGUCCAGAUAAAUGUCGAUUGAAAUGCUCUGACAAAUUUACGAUUGAGCAACGAGAGAACAUUAUGUUCUCAUUUUACAAACUGGACAUAAAUGGAAAAAAUGCCCUAUUGUUUAACAGUAUUAGAAGCAGUUCCCCAGGAAGAAAAAGAAAAGGUGCAACUAAUCAUAAAACUGCAACAUAUCAGUACUUUUUAACACUUGAGAAGAAACAAACCUUGGUUUGCAAAAGAGCAUUUAUAUCAUUGUACCAAAUCAGUAAAAAAAAAAUGAAAUCGUUCAAAAUAAAAUAAAGGAGGGAUCAGCAGCUCCUAGUCCCGAUAAAAGAGGUAAUCAUUGCAGCAGACCAAAUAAAA